UUAGAACAAUGGCUUAUGGGGACGAUGAUAUUCUGUCGGUACCCUUUCGAAUAUUUGUCUACAUUGUAGCAGGACUACCUUUAUCUGCUUUAAUUAUUUGCGUUCUAUUCUCUUUGUUGUUGCAUUUCGAAUCGGCUACAAGAACCCACUGUGAAGUUGAGAACUGGUUGCCAUCAAUUUCCGCAGCAGUGUCGACAUAUGCUCCUGAAAUGUACAUAUGGCGUAUUUUUAUUGCAGUACACGGUGGACCUCGACUUAUUGUAGCAUUUGCGUUCAGAACUGUAGCCGUGGAAUCUGCAACAUUCACCGUAUUCGUUCAUUACAGAAACUAUCUUCUUUUCUCACCGUUACGACCGCUGACAGGGGUGCGCGUGUUCAGACUGCUCUGCAAUAUAGCAUGUACUCUUAACUUUUUCGAAAACCUAUUUCUACAGGGACUUACUGCGAUUUCUUCAGUCGAAAACCAUACCCUGCACAAAUUCUGCUUUAUUGGGUUCGCUAUAACAGCCACUGUAUACAUGUUGCUCAGUACAUGGCUUUUCCACUACUCCGGUCGACGCCGUGCGACAAAUCUUGUAAUGAUUACCGCGCAUGCAGCAACUGGUGAACGGUCCUACGAAUACAAAAUCUUGGCAUGUUCUGGAUCUAUUAUCUCGAUGGUUCUUGCAGUGUACCUUUAUUGGAGGCACAAUACGUACUGUGAACCGGGAGUCUACACGAUGUUUGCCUUGGCUGAAUACUGCGUCGUGCUAUCAAACAUAGCUUUCCAUUCUACGCUGUAUUACGAUUUCCAUGGCAAAAGUGUCAUUUUGGGGUCCUCAGUUGGAGUAGGGACUAGUGGCUACACUCUACUACCAAGCCUUAUAGAGAAGGACACUUAACC